GCUCCAGGGACAGCAGCUGCAUUAAAACGAGCAGCGCUGCUCGUAAUGCUGCUUGAAACCUGGCGAAAACACUCGCUCGAACGCCUGUUCGACGUUUCAAAACGCGCAGCUACCAAAACAGCAAACGAGGGCCUAAUGCUUCGGAGAGCACACUGCCUCUCGUUACUAAUGUCGACAGCAGCCGUCGCACCAAUAAGCUACAAGCUGCAAAACAUAAACCUCGCAGAGCGCUGGCUCGGCCUCGUGCGCGCGGGCAGCGUGUCCGCCAGUACGGAGCACGGCGAGGCCUACGGCGUGACGGAAGUCGCCGGCGACCUGCGCUUCUUCGUACGCGGCGCCACGGAAAAGGCACAAAAAAUCAACGCCACGCUCGCGGCGAGCGGCGACGGCCUCCGCGUGGCGACGGACGGGCCCUUCGUGGCGCAGCUGCAAUUAAGUCGGACGCUGCGGCCGGCGCCGGCCUUCGCGACGGGCGGCGGCUUCGACGAGACGUCGUAUACGCCGCCAUCGUACGAGCCGGGCUCGUUAGUGGUCGGGCCGCUGCGGCUCCAGGACCGGCCCCGCGCGGCGGCGCUCGCCGUCCACGGCCGCGCCUGGGACUGCUACCACAACGUCGCGCCCUGUGAUCCGCGGGGCCACUUCCUCCUGCUCCCCGCCGUCGGCGACCAAAAGAACUGGCGGCCGCAGCGCCUGACGGCGGAGGACUGCGCGGACCUGUGCGGCGUCGAGACGGACCUCGCGCUGGUCUUCAACUCCAUCGGCGCGGGCGCCUCGCAGAACCACGUCCACGCUCACGCCUGGCCCGCGCCGCCCGUCGGCGCGGCGAGGUACGCCGUCGAGGGCGCCGCCGCGGCGCGAUCGACGAGCGUCGGCGGCGUCGAGGUGGAGUUGCUCGACUACCCGCUCUGCGCCGUGCGCUUACGCGGCGAGGGUCGGGGCGAGGCGCUCGGCCGGGCCGUCGCGGCCGUCGAAGCCAGGCACCGGCCCCACAACGUCGCGGUGCUCGGCGGCGCGGCGUACGUCUUCGCCCGCCGCGCGGAGCGCUCGCCCCAGCUCGCCGGGCGCCUCGGGGCGGCGGAGUGCCUCGGCGUCUUCCACUGCACAAGCGAAGAGGACUUC